AUGGUGCAACUGAAGGCUCAGAUGCUGCUGUGGAAGGGGAGGUUACAGGUGACUGCUCACCUGUCUAUUCCAGGUCGCCCAUCACUGCCAGUUCACCAGCCCUACUGCCUUACACAGCAGACGAGGAUCCCUCCCUCUGCCGUGCAUUUGAUUGUGAUCCGCAAUGGACAAACACCAAGCAGUGCCCUUCUACUGGCAGCUCUGGAUGAAUGGGCGAAGAUUCAGAAAGACCCUGCUGCUGCUGCCGCCAAGAAAGCCGGCAACUCCACUGCAGCAGCUGCCAAUACUGGCACUGCGAGCAGUGACUCCACCACAGAAAGCGGUAACACCAUUAUCCCAUCAAACACCACGUCAGGCUCACGCCCAGGCUCAUCAUGUAGGAGUGGGAAAUGGUCGGAGAGGAGAGGAGAUGCUGGGGGGGCUGAUAGUGGUAACAUGUCAGAGCAGGGAGGGGGGAAGGGAUCGGAGAAGGGAGGGGAGAAUGGGAGGGAGAAGGGAGGGGAGAAGGGAGGGGAGAAGACAGGGGAGGCUGCCAAUGGGGAGAAGCAAGGGAGGGAAACGAGUGGGGUGAAGAGGGAGACAGAGAAAGAGAAGAAGGCAAGAGAGUGGGAGGAGCGAAAGCAGCUUGCGAAGGGCAGAGCUAGGGAAAAUGAGGAGGCUGCACAGAAGAGAAAGCGGGAGGAAGAGAAGAGAAAGGCGAAGGAGGCCGAGGAGAAGGCGAAAAGGGAGGAAGCUGAGAAGGUGAGGAGAGAGGCAGUAAAGGGAAAGGGGAAGGACAAGUGGAAAGGCAAAGGGGGGAGCAGAAAAUCACCCAAGCCACCGAAGAAAUCAGGGGCAAGAAGGCCCAGGAAAAACCUUCGGUGA